UGUUGUCAAUGAGCAAAAUCAAACUUCGUGAAGAAACCAUUAAUUCAGCUGCAACAGGUUUGAAAGAGGUAGUUGUUUCUGACCCGACUUGGAAACCUCCACAACUUGAUCUAUUAUUCAGCUCUGCUUUUGAUAUUGAUGGACUGAAGUUGGAUGCCUUAUUAGAAGUGCUCAAAAUAAAACCCCAAUAUCUGCCAAGCCAAUUGAAGUUUGAGACGUUAAACAUGACUCUGGAUUCAUCUGCGCUGUGUCUUUUGUCAAUUCACAGCUUUGACGUUCAAUUCCAUAAUUUACUCUCCUGGAAGGCUAACAAGGUAUUUGUUGUCAAUAUGUCAUGUGGAGUUUCUUCCGAAGCGAUUGUCAGUUACACAGAUCUAGUUCAGAUACAAGCUUUCUGCGUAACAGAACAUAGUUGGGAGUUAACACAUAGAAAGGGCAGAGAUCCAGUCCCAAUAGUAUCUGGCAAGAAGGAAACGGAUAAAGUUCAAAUGGUAACUGACACAAAAGGAACAGGUCAAGUUCAAAUGAUAACUGACACAAAAGGAACAGGUCAAGUUCAAAUGGUAACUGACACAAAAGGAACAUGUCAAGUUCAACUGGUAACUGACACAAAAGGAACAGGUCAAGUUCAAAUGAUAACUGACACAAAAGGAACAUGUCAAGUGCAAAUGGUAACUGACACAAAAGGAACAGGUCAAGUUCAAAUGGUUACUGACACAAAAGGAACAGGUCAAGUUCAAAUGAUAACUGACUCAAAAGGAACAGGUCAAGUUCAAAUGGUAACUGAUACAAAAGGAACAUGUCAAAUUCAUAUGGUAAAUGACGAAAAAGGAACAGGUCAAAUUCAUAUGGUAAAUGACAAAAAAGAAAAAGAUCAAAAUCAAAUUGUAGCAGGCAAGACGAAAACUGAUCUAGUUCAUAUGGUUACAUACAAAAAGGAAACAGAUCCACUAGAAAUGUUAAGGGACAGAAAGGGAAAAUAUCAAAAUCAAAUGGUAAUGGACAAGAAGGAAACUGAUCCAGUUGACUCUGUAAUUAUAAUCAAGAAAAACUACCUGACUGGCAAAAGGACUGCAAGAAAGCGAAUGCCAAAGAAAUUACCAAAACCAAGUUUGAUUCUAUGGGAGUUCCAGAGUGACAUCUCUCGAAUAAUGACUCAACUAAGCAAAGAAACAGACUUAAGGCUUUAUUGGAGAACUAUUCUGAUGGAAUAUUGUCAGAGGACUCUAGAACAACAAAUAGCAAAAGAUGUGUCUCAGAGACUGUAUAUAGCGCACCCGGAACAGUUGCACCAAACUGUUGCUGUGUAUCCGAUAAGGUCAUUCCGUAAUAGAGUGAACACUGGAGAACCAAUAACUCGUGAGCAAGAAAUGCAGUUUGAAUGGCUGAGGUUCAUAACCUUCCACAAUUAUGAAGGUGGAGGUUAUGGCAUCGCACUUGCUAGAAAUGGUUUCUACCAUGAUCACGAUCAAGGUCCUAAUGCCACUCGAUGCUUUGCAUGUGAUGUUGUUUGUGAAGAAUGGACAUUGUCUGACAAUGUGGAACAGACCCAUAGGAGAUUAUCCCCUAACUGCCCACUUCUCCACAACAACAGUGGUGAGGGUACACAUAGAAAUAUCUCCAUAGCAGCUGACGAUGGACCCCAAAGAGCCACAAGCACUGCCAAUGUGAAUGUACAAGAUGCCUCGGCCACUGGUGUAUCCCACUCUCCCACUGCAACCAGUACCGCUCGACCGACCCCGCCCAGUUCCAUAUCUCAGCCAACUCUAUCUGGUUCCAUAUUCCCUCAUGGCCGUGGCCCUGCCAACUUCAAUCAUCCAGCAACACCCGAAACUAUUCCGCAGUUUGAAGCUGCAGCAGCUGCAGGUUCAAAUGCCUCACCUGCUUUUACCAGCCAGUUCUCUGUCCCUCCGCUCACCAGACGCCUUGAAAAUGGACAGUUAAAUGUGUCUGAAGAGGGCACUAUUCCUAUAGUGGCACAGCCAUUGCAUGAUCCAGAAAAUAGGGAAUACGAAGGUUUCGGCCCCACUGACUUGGACAGUCUUGAUAUAAGUAUUGAUGGACAACUUUUCCCUCCGGAUCACCCUCCAGACGAUAUGCUUAUACCGGUAAUCUCACUUGCUGCACAAAGAGUUGGCCGUUUGACAGUUGGGAAUACUGUACCCUUAGUUGGGAGAACUCUACCCUUAGAUGGGAGGAAUGUUCCCUUAGAUGCCUUACCGCCACCAGACUUACCACGUAUGUAGACUUUGCCCUAUCACUUACGCACGGCAUCCAUGUGGAAUUGUAGAACAGCAGUGAGCUUACCAAUGUCAACCAUGCGCUAUUUGCAACAUGUGCAUGUGUACAGUCUGCAACAACCCAUAGGGCUGAUAAGGGGAGAUGAUCGAUGGCAGAGGUGUUUACAACGGCUGUGUUAAAUAUUAAAAUAUAAACAUCUUUUAUCAUUAUUAAAACUCAAGAGGUACACAAAACGCCAUGUCCAGCCAGUAAAGAGGUAAAUAUGCCACAUCGUUUGAAGAAAACAGCUGGAAAGCAAGAGAAACCAAACGAAAAAUUGUGCAACUAGCAGUUUGUCUACAAGGGCUCACCCCACUCACCCCAAUGUGACCUUUUUGUGCACAGUAAAAAUAACACGUUAGUUCUCUGAAAUGAACAUUCAGCAUAAAUUGACACGCAUGUUUGAUAUGAUUUCUUUAAAUAAUAAACUUUAAUGUUUGAACCAAAACUUUGUCCUCUCCAGAGUAAUUCAUGAUGUUGCAGAGGCCCGUCUGAAGCUUCUAGAAUGUACAAGCAUUGACAUGGAAGCUGAAAACAAUAGAUAUUCAGCUACCAUUCGGAGUCUGAAAGACCCUCUUUGAAUCAUUCGCGAGUCGGUUAAGAAAAAACUUAGCAAGGACUGGGCUUGGCAUUGUCGAGGUUUGUCGGAUAGGGCGGCCUCAGGUAGUCGGCUCUCAAGGACUUUCACGUAGUAGAGCCAUCUUAGUACAUUCACUGACCAGCGCAACGUGAACACUAUAAGCUGUUAGGUGGCACUUCCUUUGGUAUCUCUUGCGACUGAACCCGCGAAAUAGGCGACGCUCGUAAACAACUGUGGCCUGAGUUCACGGCAGCGUGCAACAAAAACAGCGCUGGGAAUGUUAAACUGGUUUUCCUUGCUGCGCUGGUGAUCAAGAAGCAGAAAAGAACUUUUUCCCAGAUUGCCAGCGCACACUCUGCUGCUGCAGAAAGGCUAAUAUUACAGCUCAUGUAGAACAGUGGUUCCACAGGGUUCCCACAGACCUUGAAAAUCAAGGUUUACCUUGAAAAGU